GGCGCUGGAGCGGCGACUGGACCCGGAGCGCGCAGGACAGAGUCACUUCUUCACCUCCAGCGCCUGGCUUCCUCAUUCAUUUCUUCUUCGGAUAUUUAUUGGGCACUUGUGUGCCAGGCAAGGUGCCAGGUGCUACUGAUAGAGCCCUGGACAAAGUCCUUGCUCCCCUGGAGUUCGACUUCUAGUUCUGAAAACAGGCAGUACACAAACAAACAUACACAGAUCUAUACUCCUUAUCUAACAUUCGAAAUCCACAAGCUCUGAAAACCGGAAGCGUUCUCAUCACCCAAGUGGAAGCAAGACCUGACAUGAACUAAACGCGAGGCUCUUUGGAGGCUUUAUUUAUUCUCCUUGGUGUGAAGGCUCGUGUGUCUUGCUGCAGAGAUGUUCAUGUGAUUGAUCACAGUGUGCUCCUGGGGCCCCGUUGGGGGCAGGGGUAGUUUUGAUGGGUGGUAUUUUAUACAAGAUGACCUUUCUCUAAUCUGAGUAAUUCUGAAUUCGGAAACACACCUGGCCCCCAGGAUCUCCCACAGGAUGACAGGCACCUACAGUAUCGUGUCACAUAGUGACAGUGCUUGGAAGCAGUGUGGGGGUGGAGUCGGGGGAGUCUCUCUGAGGAGGGACAUUUAGAAGGACAAGAAGCAGAGACCCUGGAGGAACGGGCCAGGUGGAGGGAACCAGAGAGGAUGCUAGAAAAGGUCUCAUCCGCCCGACUGGCCCCAUUUCCGGGCCUGCUGCUUGCCCCCGCUCUGCAUGCACAGUUCUGUCUAAAUGCACACAUCUUCGCCUUUCCAAGAAGUGGUGAUGCCUCUGAGGUUUCGGGUUUGCCUCCGACUGACUCAUUUUCAUUCUUGGGGCCCCCUUGGGACUCCUCAUCUUCUCGACGUCACUUAAGAAAUCCAAGUCUUCACCAAAGCAGGCCUGGGAGCUGCGACUCACUGGGGAUGCUCACCACCUGGGCUGGCAUCUGAGUCCCCCCUCCCCCUCCCUCCAGAGAGAGAGGAAGGAGGUGGGUCCUGGUGAGGGGAAGAGAAGCUUGGCCCUCAAGGGUUUGGUGGAACAGCUUUCCUGAGAGGGAGGAGGUGUUCUAAGCAACAGGACUGUGAAGGGACUAACAGCCUCCGGCCUGCAGAGCCAGUUUGCAAAGCUAAAAGUGACAGGAACGCACAUAUCUUGAGUGCCAGCGUGGGGCUCGCUGCUUACACUCAACUCAGCAAGCGUGCUGGGGCUGGGGACACAGCAGUGACUGAUGCAGCAACAAGGGCCCUCAUGGAGCUGACCGUCUAGUGGUGGAGGUGACUUUUGAGCUAAGACCUGACAUAGACAUGUGGAUAUCUGGGGAAAGAGUGAUCCCAGCAGAAGGAACAGCAAGUGCAAAGGCCCUGAGGUGUGUUUGACUCACAACAAGGAAGCUGAUGUGGUUGGAUGGAGUUGAAGCAAGUUGAAGAGGCCUGGGGAGAGAGGUCAGGAAGGCCAGUAGGAGCCAGAGACCUGCAUUGUCUCACUCAACUUGUACAGUAACUAUACGAGUUUUCUCUACCUGAUUUAUCUCCCACUAUGAUAGAGGAGCUGUUCAUUUUUCUCUGGUCUCUCAGUUUUUUGCUUCAUUUUUGAAGGACCAAAGUCCUGGUCCCUGUUGAGACAUGCUUCCUGUGAGGACUGGGCAAACAGUGGUCGGUGGUGGAGGCCAAGUUCUAGUUCAUCACUUCCAGCCUCGUUACCUUGGGACUAUUUCCGAAUUCCCCGGAGCCUCAAUUUCCUCCUCUGUGCAGCCAAGAGAGGGAAGAGGACCAGGAGGCCUGCACACCCCACUGGCUUCAGAAGAGCCCCGCUGGGUCGCUUCUGUACCGCUGCUGGCUUCUGACAUUUCAAGACUCGCCACUCAUCUCCCCCCAAAUAAAAGGACAGGCGCUGUAGGAUCUCCCAAUGGAGUGGCUUCACUCUGGGCUCACGUUUUCGGUGGGCUGUCUGAUCCUGGCGUGGGCGGCAGGCUCUGGCUCCAGCUGCUCAGAGGUCUCCUGUGUCUCCCCAGGGAGUGUGAGGGUCCUGCAGGGGCCCACCUGCUUCUCCGACUACGUCAACAUCUCCACCUGUGAGUGGGAGAUGGCCCAGCCCACCAACUGCAGAGCCGAGCUCCGCCUGUUCUACCAGCUGAAAUUUCCCUACUUUGACAGAAACCACACGUGUGUCCCCGAGAACAGAGCUGGCGCGGUGUGCAUGUGCCAUAUGCAUAUGGAUAACGUGGUCAGUGUGGACACCUACCAGCUGGACCUGUGGGCUGGCGAGCGGCUGCUGUGGAAGAGCUCCUUCAAGCCCAGUGAGCAUGUGAAACCCCUGGCGCCCAGAAACCUCACUGUUCAUGCCAACACCUCCCGCACGUGGCUGCUGACGUGGAGCAACCCGUACCCUCCUGAGAAUCACCUGUACUCCGAGCUCACCUACCUGGUCAACAUCUCGAAUGAGAACGACCCCACGGAUUUCAAAAUUUAUAACGUGACCUACAUGGGGCCCACCCUCCGCUUUGCAGCCAGCACCCUAAAGUCUGGAGCUUCCUACAGUGCACAGGUGAAGGCAUGGGCUCAGAGCUACAACAGCACCUGGAGUGAGUGGAGCCCUAGCGUCAAGUGGCUUAACUACUACGAGGCGACCUUGGAGCAGCGCCUCCCACUGGGCGUCAGCAUCUCCUGCGUCGUCAUCCUGGCUGUCUGCCUGUCCUGCUAUGUCAGCAUCAUCAAGAUUAAGAAAGAAUGGUGGGACCAAAUCCCCAACCCAGCCCACAGCCCCCUUGUGGCUGUUGUCAUCCAGGAUUCUCAGGUGUCACUGUGGGGGAAGCGGUCCCAAGGCCAGGAACCAGCCAAGUGCCCACACUGGAAGACCUGUCUUGCCAAGCUUCUGCCCUGUUUACUGGAACAUGGCAUGGAAAGGGAUGAAGAUUCCUCCAAGGCUGCUAGAAAUGAGCCUCUCCAGUGUCCUGGAAAAGUAGCAUGGCACCCCAUGGAGGUCAACAAGACAAUCCUCUGGCCAGAGAGCAUCAGCUUGGUUCGGUGUGUGGGGCUGUUUGAGGCCCAAGUGGAGAAUGAAGAAGAGGAAGUGGAAGAAGAUAAAGGGAGCUUCUGGCCAUCACCUGACAGCAGCGGGGGCAGCUUCCAGGAGGGCAGGGAGGGCAUCGCAGCCCGGCUGACAGAGAGUCUGUUGCUGGACCUUCUCAGGGGUGAGGACAGGGGCUUUAGCCCACAGGGCUUGGAGGAGUCCUGCCUUCCUCCACCUUUAGAAAAUCCAAGUGCUCAGAAGCCCUGGGCCACGUUCCCAAGUGUGGGGCCCCAGGAGGCAUCGUCUGAGGACAAGGAGCCUUUGAACCCAGAGUCAAGUCCUCCAACCCAGAGCCCAGCCAGGCUGGCUUUCCCAGAGAUGCCCGGCGUCAUCGCAGACAGUCCCACUUACCGCAGCUUCAGCACCUUCCUGAGCCAGUCCUCAGGCCCUGGAGAGCUUGACUCAGACCCACAGCUGGCCGAACACCUUGGGGAAGUGGACCCCGGCAUCCCUGCCGCCCCCCAGCAAUCUGCAUCGCCCGCCGCACUCCAGCCUGAGCCAGAAACAUGGGAGCAGAUCCUGCGCCAGAGCGUCCUCCAGUGCAGGGUGGCCCCGGGCCCCGCCUCAGCCCCCAGCAGUGGCUACCGGGAGUUUGUGCAGGCGGUGAAGCAGGGCGGUGCCCAGGACAGUGGGCUGGAGGGCUUUGGCCCUUGUGGAGAGGCUGGCUACAAGGCCUUCUCCAGCUUGCUCGCUGGCAGUGCUAGCUGCCCGGAGACAUCUGGGGUUGAGCCCGGCAGUGGGGAGGGGGGCUACAAGCCCUUCCAGAGCCUCACUCCUGGCUUCCCUGGAGCCCCUGCCCCAGUCCCCGUCCCCCUGUUCACCUUUGGACUGGACGUGGAGCCCCCUCACAGACCUCAGGACUCACUCCUCCCAGGCAGCACCGCAGAGUGCCCUGGUUUGGAGCCAGUGGUCAAGGGAAAAGACAGCCAGAAGCCCCCGCUGUCCCCAGAGCCAACCACAGACCCCCUCAGGGAUGACCUGGGCAAUGGCAUUGUCUACUCAGCCCUCACCUGCCACCUGUGUGGCCACCUGAAGCAAUGCCACGGCCAGGAGGAACGUGACAAGGCCCACAUUGAGGCCAGCCCCUGCUGUGGCUGCUGCCGUGGGGACGGGUCCUCACCCCCGGUGAGCCCCCUGAGGGCCCUGGACACCCAGCCCGGUGGGGUUCCAUUGGAGGCCAGCCUCUCUCCAGCCUCCCUAGCACCCUUGGGUGUCUCAGAAGAGGGUAAGUGCCCCCUGUUCUUCCAAACUGCCCCCAACAAUGCUCAGAGCUCAAGCCAGACCUGCACGGUGGUGGCCAUGCUCUCCCCAGGGCCCACGUGCAUGGACGCUUCCUAGGUGCGUGCCUGCUUCUUGCUGAAGUCUACAGAUGAGGACUGGGCCUUACCCGUGACUGUGAAAUGCCUCCCUCCAGAAGGCAGGCUGGCAGUGUUCCGAAAGACUCAGAGAACCCUGGUAUGAAGUUGUGAAGUCAUCCAACCCUGGGGCUAUGGAGACUGGACGCCCCUGGCUCCCAACAUUGGCCCGGGCUCGCCACGUCCCAUGGGAGUGGAGGGUGCCAGGCAGCUGUACCCACAGCAGGCACCUGCAGGGAUCAGGAGGUUCCCGGGCACCUUGGCUUGUGAAUGAGCUGUUGGUCAUUUCAUGGGUCCACAGCUGCCCCAGUGGACUAUCCCUGUCAAGCUCAAGGUGUGUUUUGUCCACCGAGUUGCUCUGUUACCCAUGUCUUGCCCAGGCCUGGGGUUAGCUGCCACCAUCUCACUGGAUUGGAUGCUGAGCGUAGAAGCUACCCAAGCCAAUGGGAGAAUGAUUUGGGAGGCCUUAGGAAACUGAGGUCCAGAAAGGGUGGUCAUUUGCCCAGAGACGCCUGUUCAUUUAACAGAGGUUGACACUGGCAGCAGAGUCUGAGCUGCGGAGGGGCGCUUAGUCAAGUGGAAUUAACAAGGACACGAAAAAUUGUGAUUACCGAGCAGUGACAGCUUGCUGCCAGCUUCCCACACAGCUGUAAGGGUGGGGUCCCUGUUAAGCACUGGAUCCCCAGAACAAGCAUGCCUGGUGACCUUGGGGCCGGUGUGUGCCCCCAUGCAUGCCGUUGCUGGCAUCGGUGGUUCAGAGGGAGUGGCUGAGGUCUCCUGAUCCAGCGAGCUGGGCGUCCGAGAUGCCGACACCAGGCAUAUCGCCUGCACCUCGGCCCCCGACCUCAGCUUGAGUAAUGCUUGUUUGUGUGCAUCUCAAAAAUUGUUUCAUCACCUGGUGUUUGUGUUUGCUGAGGAGGGUAGCAUGGGAGGGGAUGGAGUUUUGUGUAAAUAAAGGUUCUUUACCUCCUUCCCCACCCUCCCCACCCCAUUUAUUAAACAAACAUACUGCCAGGCACCGCUGUGAGUGCUUUAUCUCUAUUAACUCAUAGAAUCCUCCCAUCCAAAGGUACUGAGACCAACCCAAGAGGUUAAGUAACUUCCUGUCUGCUUGGGUUUCCCCGAGACCAGGAUUCAAUUGCAGUUGGUUGAAAUAGGUGGCGAUCCCAGGAAGCCCUGCUUGGAGAGUGGGGAAAGGAGGCAGGGAAGGGCAAGAGGCAAUAAAAGGUGUUAUCACACAGAGUGCCAGCACGGGCAACAGAUGCUUCACCCCGCCGGGGAGCUUGGGCAAGCCAGGCACAGUGCAUGCCUAGAGGUGGGGAGCUGGCUGUUUGUCCACCAACUGCCACCUGUCAUUGGUGGAGGGCUGCUGCCAGGGGCAACUCUCCAGCACUUCCAGCU